CUUUGUCUUGGGAUCCUCGCUGAAAAUGUAAGACGCGGGCUAACUUUCGGCUUUCAGGACUCGUCCUGGUUUAGGCCCUGCGUUAGGAUGCCCCGGAAACGCAUAACACCUGUCCCGAGUCGGCUUGUUGGGUCAUGGCAAAGGAUAAGGCAUAACUGUUCUCAUCUCUGGCCGGAGGACUACUUAUACCGGUGCUUCACACCGCCGUGUUGAAUUCGUUUAUCCAUAUACAUUCAGAAUCCAGGUGCCUUGUGCUUUGACUUCACCCAACAUCCCACGAAACCCACCAAUCCUUAUUAAACCAUGGCCAUCUUCCACAGCAAAGUCGACAGCGCCAGCCUGUUCUUCCGGCACUACAUCCCCUCAUCCUCCCCUUACAAGCCCGCAUCCACCGUCGCCCACCAGCCACUGACCCUAGUCUUCCUCCACGGCUGGCCCAUGUCCUCCCGCAUGUACGACCAGCUGAUCGUGCCCCUGGUCGAGACGCACCGCUUCCCCGUCAUCGCCCCGGACCGGCGCGGCUUCGGCAACAGCGAGUGGACCACGCCCACAACCACAGCCGAAGGUGUGACCUUCGACACCUUCGUCGCCGACCUCAUCUCCCUCCUCGAGCACGCCCUCCUAGGCAAUACCAAUACCAAUACCAAUACCAACCCAAGUUACUCAGCCCCGUUCGUCUUCGUGGCCGCCAGCAUGGGCUGCAGCGAAUCAGUGCUCGCCCGCGCCGCGAGCAGCUUCGUCCGGGCCCACUGUAAGGGCUUCGUGUGGAUCGGCCCCAACAUGCCCUACUCCCUGCGCUGCGACGAGUGUCCCGCGGCGCCGGAUCGCGCCGUGUGGGAGGGGCUGAUCGACGGGUUCCGCGGCGCGGGCGGGAAGGACUUCAUUGCGCAGGCUCUCCCCGGCGUCUUCCGCGUGGACUUGGGGAAUGAGGUCGGCAAGCGCACGCUGCAGUUCUUUGAGAGGAUUGUUGGCCAGGCCGAUCCCAUGGCGCUGGAGCGGACCACGACGAUUUUGCAGAGGCCGAUGGUCGCUGAGCUGAAGAGGCUGGCUGAUGAGGAGGGAGGUGCUAAUAAGCCUGAUAGGAUCCCCGUUCUAAUUUUGCACGGGGAUUCGGAUUCGGGGAUGCCGCUUGAGGCUAGCGCGGCGGUGGUUCAUGAGAUGCUGCCCUGGUCUGAGCUUAAGGUGUAUGAGAAGGCAGGGCAUGGGCUCUACUUGACCCAUGCUCAACAGGUGUUGGAUGACCUCCUUGCUUUCCUGAGCCCCAUUGUCGCCAGACUGCAAUGAGGAAGAUCCGCUCUGGUCAGGGCACAGCCUACUGGACACUCACUGAUAGAGUAGGGGAUUACUACGCCCGUGGCCUGGAGUUACGGAAUAUUACUUCCAGGUAUUGUGCUAGCUAUCUGUAUGGUAAACAGGGCGGGGGCAGAAUACACCACUACAAGAGGGUUGGCGUGCGAUAUAACGAGUGGUGCUAUCAUUUCUGGGGAAGGUAACCCCGAGAGCUGGAUAGACUUGGGCAAGAGUGGGUGGUCAGGGGUUAAUUACCUUAGUACGCUCUUGAACCCUUAAAGAACUGACGACGGGGCCACGAUGUCACUCUUUCUAUAUGCUAUCUAGGUGGAUCUGGUCAU